AGAGAGGCGGGAGCGCAGACACAACGGAGCGGAGCAGUCAUUGUGCGUGAAGGACCAUGGCAGUCCGGAGCAGCAGGAGUUAGAGGAGGAAAAGAAGAAGGAGAAGAAGUCUGUCACCAGAGACUUAAGCUGAAACCCACACAAAACCCGCGACGGAAGCAUGCGCACCCGUGUUUCACUUGUGCCUUUGCAAACACCUUCACGGAGUUCACAUGUUCUUGCGCGUCGACAAGGAGGCGAUGUUUAGGCGCAGAACACCGGCAGAGCCCCGCGGAGUUUGGAUGUGUGUUUCUUAGCUUUCCAGAUGUAUGAAGAGAAAUCACUAAAACAGCGACAGGGAGCACCGCGAAUGUAGUCUUCGCGAAAACCGAAACACUGCACCAGCCAGUGUCUUCCUGCGGUCAUCCUCGUGUGAGUGUGCGUGUUUGUGUGUGUGUGUUUCGGUCUCUCGCAGUGCCGUGUGCGGGGAAUUAAGGAGAGGAUGCAGGUGAAGAAGCACCGGGACUCUGACCGGAGCGGUGUUGACAUGCUGGAGGGAGACGGCCUCCGCAAAAACUCCUCAUGCUUCUCAAAUAUCAAGAUAUUUUUGAUAUCGGAAUGCGCCCUCAUGUUGGCACAGGGCACCGUCGGAGCAUACCUGGUGAGUGUCCUGACCACCCUGGAGCGGCGGUUCAACCUGCAAAGUGCUGACGUAGGAGUGAUAGCCAGCAGCUUCGAAAUAGGCAACCUGGCACUGAUCCUGUUUGUGAGCUACUUUGGGGCCAAAGCACAUCGGCCCCGUCUGAUCGGCUGCGGGGGCAUCGUCAUGGCGCUCGGUGCCCUUCUAUCAGCUCUGCCUGAGUUUCUAACAAAUCAGUAUGAGAUAGGGGAAACGUGGAGGACUGACAUGGGUCGGGAUGUUUGCUCUAACACCAGCAGCGUGGACGCCCAGCUGUCUGAGGACACAUUGUGCGCCAACAAGGCCAACACCAACAUGAUGUAUCUGCUGCUGAUUGGAGCCCAGGUCCUGCUGGGGAUCGGAGCCACACCGGUGCAGCCCCUGGGGGUGUCCUAUAUUGAUGAUCACGUGAAGAAGAAAGACUCAUCACUCUAUAUAGGAAUCCUCUUUUCUACACUGGUGUUUGGACCAGCCUGUGGCUUCAUCCUUGGCUCCCUCUGCACUAAGUUCUAUGUGGAUGCUAUCUUCAUCGACACCAGUAAGCUGGGGAUCACUCCAGACGACCCGCGGUGGAUCGGGGCCUGGUGGGCAGGCUUCCUCCUGUGCGGUGCCUUACUCUUCUGCUCAGCUCUCUUUAUGUUUGGCUUCCCUCAGUCGCUGCCAAACAGGGAGAGAGAGGAGGAGGCAGACAGUGAGCAGGUUAUGCUUCCUCCAUCUCUGAAUUCAGACUAUGAGACUCCAAAGUCCAGCAAUGGGGUUGUACGCAACCACGAGCCUGCCAACAGCCCCACCUGCUGUCAGCAACUCAGGGUGAUCCCCAAGGUGACCAAGCACCUCCUGUCGAACCCAGUGUUCACCUGCAUCAUCCUGGCGGCCUGUAUGGAGAUUGCAGUCGUGGCAGGCUUUGCAGCCUUUCUGGGGAAAUACCUUGAGCAGCAGUUCAACCUCACCACCUCCUCAGCAAACCAGCUGUUAGGCAUGACAGCCAUUCCAUGCGCGUGUCUGGGGAUCUUCAUGGGCGGUCUGCUGGUGAAGAAGCUGAACUUGUCUGCGCUGGGAGCCAUCCGCAUGGCCAUGCUGGUCAACCUGAUCUCCACUGCCUGCUACGUCUCCUUCCUGUUCCUGGGCUGUGACACUGGUCCCGUUGCAGGAGUGACGGUCAAUUACGGCAACAGGACUCUGCGGGUGGGAGAGAAACCAGAAGCUCAGUGCAUCAGUCACUGCACCUGCUUCACCUCCUCCAUCAGCCCCGUAUGUGGCUCCAAUGGCGUCACCUAUCUCUCCGCCUGCUUCGCCGGCUGCAGCCGAAUAGGAAGCUCUCGGACCUCAUCGAACAUCUCUCAGAACCUGACUGGAUGUUCCUGUGUAUCCGCUGAGAGUGAAUUAGCCACAGCGGUUCCAGGGAAAUGUCCGACGCCGGGCUGCCAGGAGGCUUUCCUGAUUUUCCUGUGUGUGAUCUGUGCCUGCAGCCUGGUUGGAGCCAUGGCCCAGACUCCCUCUGUUAUCAUCCUAAUCAGGACUGUGAGCCCUGAACUGAAAUCCUACGCACUUGGUGUGUUGUUCCUUUUGCUGCGACUCCUCGGAUUCAUCCCCCCACCUCUGAUCUUUGGUGCUGGGAUCGACUCUACUUGCCUUUUCUGGAGUUCAGAUUGCGGCGAUAAGGGCGCUUGCCUGCUGUACGACAACGUGGCUUACAGGCAUCUGUACGUGAGCCUCGCCAUCAUUCUCAAGGGUGUCGCCUUCCUCCUGUAUGCCACCACGUGGUAUUGCUUACGCAGGAACUACAAGAAGUACAUCAAAAGUCACGAGGGAUACAUGACGCCAACUGAGUUUUACCCCUCUCUCACAGACGGCCCCAAAGUAGUCGACAGGACAAAGUUUAUAUAUAACCUAGAGGACCACGAGUUUUGUGAAAAUAUGGAGUCAGUUUUAUAGUUUGUUAUGCAAGAAAGGACAAUGUGGACGUUUAUAUUCUCUCAAAGGAAUAUUUUAUGAUUUUAUUCUUCUUUUCUUUAAAGGAUAAAAUAAAAUGUUUUUGAUAAAGGCACUGUAUUUAAUAGCCCAUACAGGAGCUCUCCAAGCCACUCCACGCCCUCUGUAAACUUUCACAAGGGUCCAUUUUAGUCGUUUACGUAUCAGCGAGAUGUUGUCCAGUGUUGCCCGGUGAAUUCCAGUUUUGACUUGGUGGUAGAGGACGACUACAGUACUGUCUGGCUCUGUCCUAGUUGAUUAUUAGUGAGCGGACAUGAUGCUACUACAACUAUAGUUGCCAUAUUGUUUUAGGUCUGUCAUGAUUCCAGAGGUUUGUGUGAAAAAUGACAGUUUCCUCUCAGUCAGUGCACUGUGUGUUCUGUCUGUUGCUCUCUGAAAAAUGAGAUUUAUAUGAUUAAAAAAAACAAGUUUGGAUGGUUCUUCAGUUGUUCAUAUUUAAAAGUUGCCAAGUGUUUACAAACUAAUAGUUAAUUCAGUUAAUGCAUUUUAUUUCAAUGCAACAAGAAAGAAGAGAACAGAAACACCCUGACUGGGUUAUUAUAGUGGCCUAUUAGAUGUUUAAACAGUUAGAAAAUAACUUUAAACAAGGUGUUUCCAUGUCAUUGUGCACUGUUCAGUUUCUCGUUCUCUUGCUGGAUCACAGGCACUGUGUUUGAUACUGUUUAGACUAGACUGUGAAGUCUUGUCUCAUAGGUGAAAAUGUGCAAUUCAUAUCUGAUAUGUCCAUGUUUAUUACUAGUUUUGUGUCAGGUUUUUGUGUCAAGUUUAUUUUUCAUUAUAGCAAUUUGUUUCAUUUCCAUGUUUUUACAUCUGCGGAGUUUCUUCAGCCUAAUAUGUCUUAAUAAGGGAUUAUUCAAAUAAGAAUGUUAAUACUGUUUUCUUUUGACUUUUGCACUUAGUGGAAGAGCAAAGAAGAAACUCUAUCUCUGUGUUUGGACAUUAACAUAAAAAAGAUAUAAGGAGGAGUAAUAUAUUUGUUUAAUUAGGCCCAGAAUGUUUUAUUAGAUUAUAUUUGAAAGGAUAGUAUAAAUUAUUCAUGAUGUAAUUGUCUGAGAUGUGUGUGUCUUAUGUCACAGAAGAUUUGGGACAAUUCAUAGCAAUGAAAAUAGUAUGUUGCAAUAUUGGGGCAAAAAACUAAACUCUGUGUCUUCAAACUAGGCCUGAUAUAUCUGGAAUAAAAGUUACAGAAAUUCUACAGGAGACUGUGUGUGCAAGGUCAAACAAAGUGAACAACUCUGAAUUUAUUCCUGGACAUGUGUUUGAAGAACUCUAACGCAGCUCUGCACACACGGCCUGUUACUCUACUGAUCUCUCUGCAGUUACAGUUUUGACAUUGUCCCUUUUCUUACGCUUUUUGUAUGGCAACAUAUCAUUUAUUUUACUCUGGAAAUAAAUUAUUUUUCAGAAAACAAA